AUGGCCGGACCUGACUAUGGCGCUCUUGGUGCGACCUUCAAGAUCACCCGAGUGUUGCAAGUAAUUUCACUAUUGGCCUGCAUUGGUAUGGCCGCCAACUUCAUCUCGCAAAUGGUUCAAAACAACGACGAACCUUCAAGAGAGCUCGUCGGCACUCUGAGUGUAACAUGCAUCGCGAUCCUUUACUGCAUCAUCACCGUCAUCUUGCAUAUCGACAACAUGCUUCCAUACCUGAUCAUUACUGCGAUGGAUGGCAUGAUGCUCAUUGCCCUGACCGUCGUUGCGGUUGUCAUUGGCAAACCCCUCUCGUACCUCAACUGCAACGUCAUUGGAGACGCAAGUGUUGCCCAAUCCGCCUAUCAACUCGGCGCAGAGCUGAAGUCAACCAUCAGGAAUAAAGGUGACGGCCACGUUGGCUAUGGCAACUGGAUCAGUGGCAGUAAGACGACAUGCUAUGAGAUGAAGGCGAUUUGGGGUCUUGGAAUUGCACUCUGGUAG